AUUGUUAAUGUAUUGCGGCAAGGGCAUGGAGCUUGCGUCCGCUGGCUGCGCUGACUGCUGCAGCGACUGCGCCAGCGCGGCGCCCACUUGCUGCACUGCUUCGGGCUGCUGCGAUGCUGCCUGCUGCGACGUCAAUUGUCAGCUGCUGCCGCCAGAUGCCAAUAAUUAUGAAUACCACGAGCCGGAAGAGAACUUUGUGUCCAUUGACGAUGCCAAGAUAAAGAGCCUGCUGCUCCAGAUCGGAAAGCAGCAGCAGCAGCAGCAGGAGCUGCGACGCCAGCAGCAGCAGCUGCGACGCCAGCAGCAGCAGCAGCAGCUGCGACGCCAGCAGCAGCAGCAACAACAGAUUAUCGAACUUUUGGACGAUGAUGAGACUAGCGUGGAGCAGCCGCCGCCAAUGUUAAUUAGCGCAGCGCACAGCUUAAAUCCACGGAAACGCCUUUUGACCGAAAAACAACAAAUAGCCAAGAAACUGAAGCAGCGACAACAUCGAAUUGUGGCCCGGAUUGAGCUAAGCGACAGCGAAUCCGAGACGGAAAUGCCGGAGCCAGCACCGAACAGAGAUAGCGAAGAGAAUUUGCCUUUGGCUACUGUCAGCUGCGAGCUAGUGGAACCAACGCAGAUCAUUGAGCUGCCGUCGGACGAGGAGGAGCAGUUCCAGCAGCGGAAACCGCCAGCUAAGGCAGCGCCCCGCAAGCGGCCACCGAGACCCUAUAUAAAGCGACGCGGCCGGCACUUCUAUCAGUGCCAGGCAUGCGGCAAGAAGGUGCAGUCCAAUUACAAUCUGCGUCGCCACAUGAUGAUCCACACAGGUGAGCGACCCUUUCCCUGUGAUUUGUGCGAACGACGCUUUCGCGAGUUCAGCGACCUCAAGAAGCAUCGCCGACGACACAUGAACGAUCCGCGCUAUAUAUGCAUGAUCUGUCGCUUGCAUCCGCCCAUGGAGCAGGACUCAACGCGCUGUGCGGAAUGCGAGGGCAAGAAUCUGCUACUAGGACCGCAGGACUGUGAUGAUGUGGAGACUGAAAAGGUGGCGGACGAAGAGGCGGAACAAGAGCUGGAUCAGGAAUCGGACCAGGACCAGGACCAGGAAUUUGUCGUGGAGGAGCAUAACGUAAAUAAAUUUACGUCUUUACCCGUGGCAACCGUAUUGGCUUCACGGCCGCCCACGCUGCUGGUUACGCUGGUGCCCACGCCCACGCCAGCCCCAGCCCUACCAGUUAGUGCACCUAUAGCCACACCCACACCCGUCCCGCCGUCACGUCCACCAUUGCCGCGCAGCUGCAGCAGCGCCAACUCCUCCUCCUCGCUUAGCAACGAUGUGGCGCCAAGGAGGCUGGCCAGAAAUUCGCGCAAUCGGCGCUCCUAUCCGUGCCCGUUGUGCCAACGUCCGUUCGGCACGCGCCACAAUCUCAAGCGGCACUACAUGAUCCACACCGGCGAGAAGCCAUUCAGCUGCAGCAAGUGCCGCAAGCCGUUCCGCGAGUGCUCUACCCUCAAGAAGCAUAUGGUGACCCAUGUGCGCGAACGCUGGUACAAGUGCCUCAGGUGUCCCGCCAAGUAUCAGGAUUAUUUGCACUACACGGAACACAAGGCGACCCAUGGCCAGAACACGCAGCUGGAGACGGACACAAAUGGUCGCCGCAGACAACGUUCAUCUGAGAGCGAGGAUGGCGAUGGCGAUGGCGAUAGCUCUGUGGAUGAUUGGCUGGAGUGCUGCGAGUGCCAGCUACGUUUCACCCAACUGGAUGCCUACACGGAGCAUCUGAAGAAGCACGACCUGGAGCUGUAUGGCCUGAGUGUCGACGAUCUGGACGAUGAGGAUCAGGAUGUAGAUGUGGCCUAACAUUGAUCAGCUAUAGAUAUACACGCUCCAUUUGUUAAACUUGUUGCAUUCCAAACAUGGGCCCCACAUUUUCCUUCAGAGAUACAAUAUAUUGUACUCAAAAAGGAGCCUCCUUAUGCUGGCAUAACUUAAUUAAGAAUAUAAAUUAUACCUAUUUGUUAUACGAGAUGUCUAUGCGUA